AUUUCAUCUCGAGAUGGCUUCAGGCCUGACCAUUCUUGUUAUGGAUCAAUAUUCUACUUCUGCACUACGUUUAGGCCCCGUAUCGUGACUUCCGUGGAACUUGAACUUGUUCCACCUACACUUCAUUACAUUCUAUACAUCCAAACUAGUACACAUGAGCGGCGGAUGCGUGACCAUCGUUAUGAGUCUCACACCACAAUCAUUGCUAGUUCCCUCCGCCAGCUGUUGAACAGGUCGGAGGGCGGACGUCUUUCCCCCAGCGUCUCCAGCGACUGUCAAGUGAGCAGACAUGCCGUGGGAUACUAUACCUGAAUCUGUGCUCCGCGAUGUUAGGGAAAAACUGAGCAAAAUUGAUUCUCGCAUCCUCGACGGCCAGGUGAAAAUAGAAGAUCGCUACUGUAUUGCCAGUGGAGCUUACGGAGUCGUCUAUAAGGGGCUCUAUAACAAGAGCAUCGUAUGCAUCAAGAUUUUCAAGUCUCGGUACAUUGAUAUCGUCUCCAAUGCCGAUAGCAACAUGAUCUCACGGUUAAUUCAUGAAGUCAAAGUUUGGAGGUUGUUAAAGCACAAACAUGUUGUCGAAUUUUACGGAUGGUUGCUCGAUCUGAGAAGUCCGGAACCACCAUCCCCAAGUCUUGUAUCGAAAUGGUGCGAACACGGAGACGUACGAAUGUUUCUUCGUUGCCGGCCUGAUGCUGACCGUCAAGCGUUGAUCUGUGGCAUUGCCCAGGGCAUUGCAUACCUUCACUCCGAGAAAAUUGUCCAUGGCGAUAUUAAACCAGACAACGUCGUAGUUGACAAAUGUGAAGUCCCAAAAUUAUGCGAUUUUGGAGCAUCUUGCUUCCUUUCGGAAAGUUCCUUCGUUUUGGAGCUGAUAAGUGUGAAGACGUUGUAUUACGCGGCCCCAGAACUAUCUAUUUACCAGGACAAUGCCCACCGAGGAAUGGAGAGCGAUGUUUGGUCUUUCGGCUGCACAGCUAUGGAGAUUCUCCGGAAACAGAUGCCGUAUUGCUCCACACCUGGUGAAGCGAUAUUCACAGCCAUUGGGAAAAAGCGUCCACCGUUCGAAUUGAAGCCUUCAGAAUUAUCCGCCGUUGAGAGAGUGGUAAUUAGAUGCCUUGAGUACGAGAAGGAUGACCGUCCUGCCAUCACGGCUCUGAUCAAUGAUCUUAUAAACCCCCGGGAGGAAGGACCUAUACCAUUUUCGGAGGUGCUUAAACUGGAAACACAAAACCGUAAAGGGAGGUGGGCAAGUCGCAGCCAAUUUCAUGCCCAGCUUUCUGGCACAGUGUGCGAGCGGCCUCACUGCUCGAUACAGCGCGGAACCUACAACGAUACAAAGAAAGUGCGAAUCAAGAUCCUGCGAAGGGUCACCCCCAUAUCGAACGAAAAGAUGCUUCGAAAUUUUAUCUGGGAGUUCUUGACUCAAGGGGAAAGGUGGCCAUGGGCUGACGACUCGAGCCCGGUCGCCAAAAUGCAGGGAUGGGAGCUGAGCAUCGACGAUCGCAGCUAUCUCGACAUUACUUUAAUUUCUGAUUGGUAUCCGAAUGGGGAUAUCAAAACUUAUCUAGCGGACUGUCCAAAUGCGGAUGCCAACAUCUUGGUUCGCGACAUUUGCUUUGGCUUGAAAUAUCUCCAUGAUAGGGGAAUAAAGCACGGGAACAUCAAACCAACGAACAUUUUGAUCGAUGGUGGUGGUCGAGCAGCGCUAUGUGACUACGGAUUAUCGGAGCUUUUUCGGGACCUGCCAACCAAGUUCCAAAGUGUACGGUACACGGCGCCCGAACACCUGAUUUGCGACAAAGACGUGUUUCCAUGCAGCUACGAGGGUGACAUUUGGGCUUUUGGUUGUGUUUCGACCGAAAUCUACAUCGGCCAGCAACCGUACUGCACAAUCGAAGAUGAAACUGAGAUUCUCAAAGAUAAACCCCCAGCAUACACGGCUGAUAUUGUCCAACCCAUCGGUAAUACCGAGAUUUGCGACUGUUUAAAUGCUCGCCCAGAGGAACGGCCAAGCCUGGACGAUGUUCUAGACUCCCUCGAUUGAUUCUGGUGCUCAUGUUGAUGGUCGCAUCUGUUCCGCAACCUACACACGAGAACCGCCGUACUGUAGACGAACACGCCUUCGUGAUCCUUGCUGGUGGCACAUCGAAGCGUUAAUAAGACGAAACCAUGUGUUGAAGUCUAACCUGUUUUCUGUUGCAUGUACUGGCACUUCUUGGAGAUCUGGGUGCUGACUGGUCGUAUUACUGGAUCCAGAUACCUGUCUUGUCCCUUCUCUCUGUUGUUCUUCAAUGGUAUCGAAUCUACUUUGGCAUAUGUUCCAAUGCUAUGUACGAGACGGUCAUGCAAUAUCGCAAUUUCAACGUUUGUU